CGGAUGUCUACCGUGCCGGAAGAGAAGAAGGUCCUUUCCCAGCCAUCUUGUGGCUUCAUCUAGCGAAGUGCUCGCACCAAGCCUCGUAGAAUCGGAGGAAAAUCCUGCUGAAGGGGCGCCAUCAUGCCCGGACAAAUGCAAGAAGGUUUUGGCUGUGCCAUAACCAAUCGGUUCGACCAGUUAUUUGACGACGAGUCGGAUCCGUUCGAGCUGCUGAAGCAAGCCGAAGUUAAGAAGAAGAAGGAGGCUGCAGCUCCUGGUGCCGCCAAGACUGCUGCGCAGGCUGCCAAGCAGCCCAAGAAGGAGUCCCAAAAAGACAGAAAGAUCCCGCUGGCUGAUAAGAAGGAGGAAACCCAGGCUCCAGUUCCACUUAAGAAAGAUGGUGCUGGCAUGAAGAGAAUGGGCAGAAAACCAGAGGGCGAAGGCUCCAGACCUCAGGGCGGACAGGGAGACGGACGGCCACCCGCAGACAGACGACCCGUGGACAGGCGGCCGCCCCGCCGCUUCGAGCGGCCUGCCGGCGAAACCGCAGAGAAACCCGAGGGUGGCGAGUUCUCCGUGGAGAAGCCCGUUGGUGAUAGGCCAAUGAGGGGUCGUGGCGGCGGCAGGGGAGGUCGCGGCGGAAGAGGCCGCGGCAUGGGCCGCAGCGACGGAUUCGACUCCAGAGGAAAACGGGAAUUCGACAGACACAGUGGCAGCGACCGAUCUAGUCUGAAAGGUGAGGACAAGCGUGGUGGGAGUGGAUCUCACAACUGGGGCACAGUUAAAGAUGAACUAAAUGAGCUUGACCAGUCUAACGUCACCGAGGAGAACCCAGAGGGAGAGGAGCAUCCACCCGCCGACUCUGAGAACAAAAGGGAGAAUGAGGUUGAAGAACAGAAGGAAGAAGGGCCUAAGGAGAUGACUCUGGACGAAUGGAAGGCCAUGCAGGACAAAGAGCGGGCCAAGGUCGAGUUCAACAUCCGCAAGGCCAACGAGGGCGCUGACUGGAACAAAGGAUUUGUGCUGCACAAGUCCAAGGCCGAGCAGGACAAGAAAGGUGACCUGACUGAGCUUGACAUCGAUGAUUCCAAGGGCGACGAGGAGCACCACUUCCGGAAACCAGCAAACGACAUCACGUCCCAGCUGGAGAUAAACUUCGGAGACCUUGGCCGUCCUGGCCGCGGGCGCGGAGGACCCCGCGGCGGCCGGGGAGGCCGCGGGCGCGGAGGGGAACGCGGCGAGCGUGGUGAGCGUGGCGAGCCCACCAGGCCGGCACGCGGAGGAAGGACUGACAGGUCAUCUACGUCUGUGCCGAACGUGGACGACCCAGAGGCCUUCCCAGCCCUGGCUUAAGCUGCGGCUGUUAAAACCCCUCAGGCCUUCAGGAGCCUCCUGAGCACCUCCACUACGAGGCUUGCAUGUUCCUGGAUCCUUCAGCAAAGUCAAAUGAUGGCGAAGACUGUCAUAGCUAUGACACUCUGUGAGGACUGAGUUUUAUUCAAUAAAAACAAAACAAAGAUGGAAAAAAAAACAAAAAGAAAUUAACAAAAAAAAAA